AUGGGGGAAGAAAGCAAACCACCGAGAUAUGUCGACAUCGGUAUCAACUUGAGUGAUCCUAUGUUCAGUGGCACCUAUCAUGGAAAGCAAGCUCACGAAUGUGACCUGGAUGAUGUUAUCCAACGGGCUCGGGAUGUGGGCUGUCAGAAGUUCAUGGUCACAGGUUCAGAUCUAGUAGAGUCUGAGGAAGCCAUCAAAAUCGCUCGCAACUACCCCGGAUUUUGCUAUGCCACAGUCGGUGUGCAUCCUUGUCAAGCCAAGUUGUUCGAUGAAUAUCCUGAAGGACCCGCCAAGAUGCUCGAGGAGCUUCGGAAGCUAGCAAUCAAGUCCAAGGAAGCCGGGCUCGCUGUCGCUUUUGGUGAAAUUGGUCUUGAUUACGACCGACUAUUCCACAGCGCUAAGGAGCCUCAGCUGAAAUACUUUGAGGCUCAAUUAGACCUUGCGAUAGAAAUUGGCAUGCCACUCUUCCUCCAUUCCCGCGCCGCAAGCGAGGAUUUCGAGAGAUUGAUCAGCGAGAAGCUUCCUCACUUGCCGAAAGGUGGCCUUGUACACAGCUUUACGGGCACAAUGGAGGAGAUGCAAAGACUGGUUGCCUUAGGUCUUGAUAUCGGUAUCAAUGGCUGCAGUAUGAAGACCGAAGAAAAUCUGGAGGUUGUGAAGGCUGUCCCGCUAGAAAGGCUCCAGAUUGAGACGGACGGACCAUGGUGCGAAAUUCGCCCUUCACACGCGUCGGCGAAAUUUUUGACUGGCGCCCCGGAGUUACCGAAGGCUGUCAAGAAGGAGAAGUGGCAGAAGGGAUGUUUGGUCAAGGGUCGGAAUGAGCCUGUGGCCAUCGCUCGUGUUGCUCAUGUUAUUGCUCAGGUUAAGGGCAUUUCCAUCGAGGAAGUUUGUGAAGCUGCCUGGAAUAACUCGAUCAGGAUGUUCGGUCUAGGAGAGACUCCCCUGUGA